AUGAACAUCCUUGUCUACCUAUUAUUGAUAUUCCAAAGUCAAUUUGUGUUAUCUGUCCCUUAUAAUAAUGGAUUUGCUACACUUUCAGUUAAUCAAACCGAAGUUCUUCAAAAUUUAAUCGCGGGCUUAAAAGAAUAUAAUGCUGAACAAGGAAUACCAAAAUAUGCAAAAUUUAAAAAAAGAUCAAGCAUUAAACGAUUCGACAAUAUAACAAUGAAUAAUGGAACGGAAAAUGUUUAUGCACCAAUUAUUAUGAAAAGAGAUGUUCAAUUCACAAACCAUUCAUCAAAUUAUUCAGUAACUACGUUGCAAAAAAGAUCUGACCUCCCUAUCUUAGACACUAUUUUAACUGCUCUUAAAGACAGUCAGAUUUCAUUAGUUAUUAUUGAUUUUGGUUUAUUAAAUAAAGCUAUACUCGAUGUUGUAAUCAGUACAACUAUUUGGAUUCUUAGAAUGAAUUUAAUUAAUUUGACAGAUCUAGUCACUGCAAUUAAUAAAUCUGGUAUAAUUGUUGAUGUGAUAAAUUUGACAUUGAAUGAUCCUGCGGUAUUGCCGGGAGUAUUGAACAUUACAACUAAUGUAUUGAAAGAAGGUGGAAUUAAUUUAUCAAAUUUAUUAAGAAAAAGAGAAGUAGAAACUGUGAUUGAUUUAAGAACUAAUCUUGUUCCUAAUAAACAAAUCAGACUAAAUAAAAGAGAAUCUGAGUUAUUAAAUGAUUUAUUUGUAUCAUUGAGAGAUUCAGGAUUAGCUAUUUCUGUAAUUCAACAUUUAUUAACUACACCAGAAUUGUCACAGCCAGCUGCUUAUUUCUUGGUUCAAGUUAUAAAUUCUGGUGCUUUGACAUUACCUCAGUUAAUCAGUGCUUUAAUUCAAUCAAAUACUUUACCAAUUGUAAUUCAACAAGUUUUAAGUGUAGCACCACAACUUUUAGGUCAAGUUGGUAAUUUGAUUACCAGUUUAGUUCAAAAUGGUACAAUUGCAAGGAGUUUACUUAAUCAAUUUUUGUAA